AUGGCAGAUAAAUUAUCAUCUUCAUCACCAUUACAAAAUGAAAAUAAAUCUGCUACAACUCCACCGAUAAAAGUGAAAAGAUCUAAAACAUUUACUGGUUGUUUUACUUGUAGAUCAAGGAAAAUUAAAUGUGAUUUAACAAGACCUCAAUGCGAAAGAUGUAUAAAAGCUGGCUUAACAUGUGCAGGGUAUGAUAUUAAACUACGAUGGUCAUUACCUAUUGAAUUCAAACCAAUGAAAAAUGGAAAUGUGAAAUCAUCACAAACCAUAUUUCCCAACAAAGAAUCUACGCCAUUCGAAGAUGAAAAUGCAACCCCUACUACAAAUAGUUCAUCUGAAUUUUUUCAACGACGAUUAGUAGGGUUUGUUACAUGGUCAAAACCGUAUGAAACUUACGAAGACAUGGAUUAUCAUUUAGGAGUUUUGCAUAAUUCAUCAAAUGAUGAAAUUGUUAAGAAGGGGGAAACAAAAUUGUUAGGGCCGUUUGGUGUAUUUAAAGGUCCAAAUCCAUCAAAUCUUAUAUCCAAGAAGAGAAGUAAAGGAGAAAUCGUUCCACGAGAACUUAAAAGAGUAAAGAAUUCUACUUCAAAUACGAUGCCACCGCCGGCAUUUGUUACUUUAACUCCUGCAAUGUCAAUUAACGGGACAAAUGUAUCUAGUAAUGCACCGCACGAUCAAUUUUGGUUAUCAAAUGAAUUAAAAGAUGCUGCAUUAGUCACUGCAGCUGCUUUAGAUACUCAAUUUCUUGAAAUGAUGAAUAAAUUUGAUAAUACAAAUAAUUAUUCCCAACCAAAUAAGACGAAUAACUCAAAUCUACCGUCAAAUGAAAGUAUAUACGAUUAUAAUUUUAAUAAUCCGGAUUUACUCAAUUUGGUGUUUCAUAAAAGUAGUAUUUCACAACCUUCUUCACAUUCAAUUCCUCCGUCACAAUCACAAGCAAAUGUUCAAAAUUCCAAUAUGUCUAUGUCAAGUUUAUUAAAUCAUCCACAAAACUUAAUUGAUCCAAUAUAUUAUUCAAAUUUCUCCAAUUUCUUUUAUAAUAAUCCUUAUCAAAUGAAUGAAAAUUUAGAGAUUCAAUUACAUGCUAAAUCAACAUCUCAUGAUGAUGAAACAACUGAUUUUGUUGAUGGUGAUCAAUUCAAUGACAAGAAUUUAUUAACAUCUAUAAUGAAUAUCAUACAAAAUCCAUUAACUUUACCAUUUGAUUUAUCAUUAAAAAAUUCUAAAAAUCAACAUCAUGUAGGUAUACCAAUAACCGCAUUACAAGUUCAACCUUUAACUAGAUAUUUGUUAAAUUAUUAUGUUACUGAAGUCGCUGAUUUAAUGACGGUGAUUCCUUUAACUGAAAAUCCAUGGAAGGCAAUUUAUUUUCCAAGAGCUUUAAUGGCCAUUGGUGAAUUACUGGCUUUAGGCAAAACAUCAACUGCAAAAAAUGCCUUGUUGAAUGCAUUAUUAGCUGUUUCUGCUUUUAAUUUACAAUCAAAGUUUCCAAAAAAUUCUGAGCAAAUGAGAUUUUAUUUAAAUUUAGGUAUUUCAUUAAGAAAUCAAGCAAGUUUAUUUGUAAAACAAUUGUUAAAUAAUUCAAAAAAUGAAAAUAAUUUAUCUGGGAUCGAACAUUGUGUUAAUAAUGAAAAAUAUAAAGAUGUAUUAUGUGCUGUUAUGUCUAUGAUUAGUGUUGAUUUAGUUUGGGGUACAAUGCAAGAUACAAGUUUAUAUAUAUCAUGGUGUGGUAAAGUUAUUGUUGCCAAAAUGCAGAAUAAGAAGAAAUUAUCAUCAAAGGCUAGAAUUUUACAUCGUAUAUUUUCAUCAUUAAAAUUAAUUCAGGAUUCAACUUGUUUAAAUUUUGAUAGUAUUAAAGAUGAUUUUGAAAGUGAUAUUGGAAGUGGAUAUGAUGUGAAUGGUGAUAAAUGGAAACAAACAAGUAAUACAACUGAGAAUAAAAAGAAUAGAAUUGAUUUUAUUGUAAAUAGUACUUUUGGAACUCCCAAAUCUAAACCUAAUUUGAAGUCAACAACAUCACCAUCUUUUGUUAAUAAAAAAUUAAUAAAUACUCAAAAAAAUGAUGAAAAUUUUGCAACUGAUGCUUUAUAUGGAAUACCAAAUUCGUUAAUUGUUUUAUUUAGUCAAAUUGUUGAAAUUUUAAGAACUAAAAUUUAUUAUAAAGGUAUUAACAAAUCAUUAAGUGAAGAAUUUAAAAAUAAGAUAAAUGAACUUGAUACUUUUCUAUUAAAUUGGACGUUGGAUUGGGAAUUAUACGAAAAUCAAGAUAAAGAUAAUCAAUCAGAUGUUUUGAAAUUUCAUUCAUCAAUGCAUGAAGCUACUUAUCACCAUAUAAUGUCAUUUUAUUAUGCUUUAUUAAUUUAUUUCAAUAGAUUUGUCAAAGAAGUAGAUCCAAAUAAAUUACAAGAUAAAGUGAUCAAAACCUUAGAACAUUUAAAUUCAAUUCAAAAUUUAAUUGCUAAAGAUGAAGCCAAUAUAAUACCUUUAUUUUGGCAAGGUUUUAUAGCUGGAUGUGAAGCUAUAUCGAGUGAUUUGCAAACUGGAUUUAAAAAAUGGGGUGCUGAUAUUGCACAAUAUUUAGGUUCUUAUUGGGGAGCAAGACAAAUAAUGCUUGAAGUUUGGAGAAGAAAACGAAUGCAAGAAUCGAGAGAUGAUUGGGUUAGUGUAGUACAAGAUUGGGAAAUGAAUUUAAUGUUGAAUUAA